UCUCGUAUCUCCUCCUCUUUUCCUGUUUUUGUGUAGAUGCGCACUCCUAAUUCUCGCAAAGCCUGGUUUUCUUUUCCCUUAAACAAAUACAUUGUGGAUCCCGGACGCAGGCGAUUUUAGGUUGCUUGGGCAAAGGUUUCCCCUUGAUCUUCUAGAAAGGCCUUACCUUUUCUUUUGUUUGGAUGAAUGUUUUUGAAUGUUUUUUUUCCCUUUUCCUUUUGGGAAUGAUGAUUUAUAAGAAAUUUUGACUGAAAAUUUUGCGCCUGAGUAUGGGAGACUUGGCGAGUUGAGCAGUUUCAAAUUGAUGGAUGUCAAUGGGGAUCUGAAAUUCAAAUGAUUAAUUGUAUGGUAAUGGAGGCGCAUUUCGAAAAUGUGGAAAUUGUUUCUCUUGUGGACACUUUCAUAGACCUACAAGAUCUGAUUUUUGAGCAAGCGUCACUGUGCACAAGAUCAAGGAUAGUAGUCUAGAUGUCAGAUGUAGCCAAGGACCUCACUGCUGGAACUGUUGGAGGAGCUGCGCAGCUAAUCGUUGGUCAUCCUUUUGACACCAUCAAGGUUAAGCUCCAAAGCCAGCCAACGCCACUCCCUGGCCAACCCCCCAAAUAUUCCGGUGCCAUGGAUGCAGUCAGGCAAACAUUAGCUGCUGAAGGGCCAAGAGGGCUAUAUAAAGGGAUGGGUGCUCCACUUGCAACUGUUGCAGCAUUUAAUGCUGUUUUGUUUACUGUGAGGGGACAAAUGGAGGCAUUAUUGAGGUCACAACCUGGUGCUCCCCUAACGGUGAAUCAGCAAGUAAUAGCUGGUGCCGGUGCUGGCGUAGCAGUUUCCUUUUUAGCAUGUCCUACAGAAUUGAUCAAGUGCAGGUUGCAAGCUCAGAGUGCUUUAGCAGACUCAGCUGCAGCAAAGUAUGGAGGGCCAAUUGAUGUCGCAAAGCAUGUUGUUCGCGAAGCCGGUGUCAGAGGCCUGUUCAAAGGCUUGGUUCCAACCAUGGCACGAGAAGUUCCCGGAAAUGCAGCCAUGUUCGGUGUCUACGAAGCCCUCAAGCAGUACUUUGCAGGCAGUCAAGACACUUCAGGACUGGGAAGAGGUUCCUUGAUUGUCGCCGGAGGUCUAGCCGGUGCAUCCUUCUGGCUAUCAGUCUACCCGACCGAUGUCAUCAAGAGUGUGAUUCAGGUCGACGACUACAAGAAGCCAAAAUACACUGGAUCAAUCGACGCCUUCAGGAAAAUUCUGGCUUCCGAGGGAGUCAAGGGGCUAUACAAAGGUUUCGGACCGGCCAUGGCUCGCAGUGUUCCUGCUAACGCAGCAUGUUUCCUCGCAUACGAACUAACCAGAUCCAGCCUCGGAUAAUCACUUCAACAGGCACCUCUCGAGCCUUCAUUCAUCUCGAAAUAUUGUUAUUUGCUUCUUCAUUGAAGAAUUCUCUUCUGAAAUCUUGUUAUUGUUGCAAAAUGGUUAUUAUGUUCUCUAACUGUUUACUUAUUCUCUCUAAUCA